AUGAGCUCUCUACAGGGUGUGGUUCGCUCAGCGCCACGACGUCUCCAAGUCGCCGGAAUGUGGAGACAAAGUGAAAGUGUUGCAACAAGCUUCGCUACACGCGGUCAAUUUCAUAUCAAUAAUGCAUCUUCACCAGGAAGUGUGAAGUAUCGAGAACUACACUCCAUCCCCAAGCGGAGGUUACAGACUGGCACAGCAGAAUUCUCCUCAACACGCGAUUCAUCGAACCCUGCGCUUUCGUUCCCAUGUCUUGACGCUCAAGAUGCGAAGUCGGCGCUGCUAAUUGCACGUUCACUGGAAUCCGGCCCAGAACCCUCAUACACCACCGGGCAGACUGAGAACUUCCACUGCGAGGAGCCAUUGCUGCUGGAUUGGGGUGGUGUGUUGCCAGAAUUCAAUAUCGCAUACGAAACAUGGGGUCAAUUGAACGCGGAUGGGAGCAACGCGAUCUUGCUACAUACUGGUUUGUCGGCCUCGAGUCAUGCGCAUAGUACCGCGGCGAACCCCAAACCGGGAUGGUGGGAGAAAUUUAUCGGCUCAGGGAAACCGUUGAACACGGACAAGUACUUUGUCAUUUGUACAAAUGUCAUCGGGGGCUGUUACGGCAGCACGGGUCCCUCAUCGAUCGAUCCUUCCGAUGGGAAGAGAUAUGCCACGCGGUUUCCCAUUCUUACACUGGAUGAUAUGGUUCGUGCGCAGUUUCGUCUGCUAGACUCACUCGGGAUACAGAAGUUAUACGCGUCUGUCGGCUCGAGCAUGGGCGGCAUGCAAAGUCUGGCUGCGGGUGUCCUGUUCCCCGACCGUGUCGGCAAGAUCGUCAGCAUCAGUGGGUGUGCUCGGAGCCAUCCGUACAGUAUCGCCAUGCGUCACACGCAGCGCCAAGUGCUCAUGAUGGACCCGAAAUGGAACCGCGGAUUCUACUACGACUCGAUUCCACCCCACUCGGGGAUGAAACUCGCCCGUGAAAUCGCGACAGUCACCUAUCGCAGCGGACCAGAAUGGGAGAAGCGAUUCGGACGGAAGCGCGCCGACCCUAGCAAGCAGCCAGCGCUGUGCCCGGACUUUCUCAUCGAGACGUACCUCGACCACGCGGGCGAGAAGUUCUGCUUGGAAUACGACCCCAACAGUUUGCUCUACGUGUCCAAAGCCAUGGACCUUUUCGACCUCGGCCGCUCACAGCAAGUGGAGACAAAGCGGCGCAGAGCCGAGUUCGAAGUCCACAUCGCUCUGGGCGACAAGGCUAUCGGCUAUAAUGAUGCCUCGUGUAGUCUCACACUACCCGACACCCCCUACGAAGAACAAGCUUCGACAGAGUCUUCCACCUCCGAAUCUGCCGCCGGAGGCGAGCAACCCGAAGGACCCCCCGCAGAUCUCGUUGCCGGACUCGCGCCUUUGAAGAACCACCCUGUCCUGGUCAUGGGCGUGGCCAGCGAUAUCCUCUUCCCUGCCUGGCAGCAGCGCGAAAUCGCCGAGACCCUUGCCGCGGCCGGAAAUCAGAAUGUGGAGCAUAUUGAGCUUGGUGACGAUAUUUCUCUAUUCGGACACGAUACAUUCCUACUGGACUUGAAGAACAUCGGUGGUGCCGUUAAGAGAUUCUUGCGCUGA